AUAAGGUUAAACAAAAUUUAAUUUAAAUUGCAAAUCAAACCGGGCCAAACAAAUUUAGUUGUAAAAUUAAAACGGCAACAACAAAACAAGAAGACUCCUUCUCUCCGAAAUUUCGUUGUGUUUGUGAUUUGCACGACUGAUCUUCAUCUCACAGAUUACACCCGCGCUUCUAGAAAAUCCAUUAUCGAUUCGAAGCUUUCAGUUGUGAAAAUGAAGAGUUAUGAACUGGUGAUGUUGUCAAUUCUAGUUAUCGUUUCUCAAUUAUGCUCUGUCUUGGCAUCGGAAGCGACAGGGACUGCAUUCAUGUGGUCUUCUUAUAUUGACACAGAACUGGAUGGAAAGGUUAACUAUCAAACACUCUCCUCAAGAGAUUUAGCAAGGUCUGUUAUGUCCACUGGAGGCUGGUCAAACAUACUGUGCGGUAGUAGACAAUCUCUUCAACCAGUGGACUUUGCUGUUGUUUUUGUUGGUAAAGAGUUGCAAUCAUCAACUAUAACCAGAAACAGUGGGGAAGAUUCUUUGCUUGUGGAAUUGCUCAAGGACUCCUUCACAAAGUCCAAUUUCUCAAUGGCGUAUCCAUAUUUGUCAUCAAUGGUGAAGGAAGAGACCAUCGAAAACGCUCUAAUUCAAGAAUUUGAAGAAUCUUGUGGACGUAAAUUGGAAGUUGGCAAUGUUGUUGUUACUGAAUCUUGCUUGGUUGAGGACAAAGGAUACGUAAAACUUGCAGACAUGCACUCUGUAGAGGAAUAUGUGGCGUCAAAAAUGGAGGGAGGUGUCAAGGAACAAACUGAUCUGCUUCUUGUUUGCCGUGGAGGUUUCAGUUCUUUGACAAAAUUUGAUCAGCCACACUCUGAAGGUGGAUAUUUAUUGGAAUUGAUAACUUCAUUGGACCACUCUGGUGCAAAGUACACAGUUCUUUAUGUUUCAGAUCCAUACAACCCCAUUCCUUACAGUUUUCCAAUGGGAAGGUUGCUUGCAGAAAAUGCUUCUGGAAAUGCUUCCUUGCAUUCUACUGCUUUCUGUGACGGAAUUUGCCAAGUUAAAAAGACCCUUCUUGAGGCAAUUUUUGUCGCCAUAGUCUUGCUCAUCAUAUUAAUCUCCGGACUCUGCUGUAUGAUGGGCAUUGAAACUCCUACAAGGUUUGAGAUUCCUCAAGAGUCUUGAUAACCCGUUUGCACGAACAAUUCCUUUCGUAGCAUAGCGGCAUUCCGUCUAGGGUGUUGGUUCCCAGAGUGUUCAAAGACCGCCGAGCAAAAAAUAGAAUGAUUAGCAUCGAGAGUCGAAAGUGCGAAAACUCUGGUUUUUGUGUAUCAUUAUAUCUAUGGCCAGCGGGAGAGAUGGCCCUUGUAAAACUUAUUCAUCUGAUUAUUUCUUUGCAUUUACUGCUUAAUUAAGUUGUAUUUUCAUUAGAUUGUUAACUAUACUUCUUUCUUUAAUAAAGCUUUAGCGAGUCCAUAAAUAAAGAGGGUUUUUUAGUUGAAUAUGUAAUUUGAAAGCGUUUUAUUGAAAUAUAAUCUACUAUACUUUCAACUCUACACCAA